GAAGAGCGUGGUGGAGGCGGGGUAGGUGGCGGAGAGCUGUGGGUCCCGUCCUUCCGACGGUCUGCUGCACGGCCUUCUGUCACCAUGUCGUCGGUGAGCCCCAUCCAGAUCCCUAGCCGCCUUCCGCUGCUGCUCACCCAUGAGGGCGUCCUGCUGCCCGGCUCCACCAUGCGCACCAGCGUGGACUCGGCCCGCAACCUGCAGCUGGUGCGCAGCCGCCUGCUCAAGGGCACGUCGCUGCAGAGCACCAUCCUGGGUGUCAUCCCCAACACGCCCGACCCUCCCAGCGACGCACAGGACCUGCCGCCGCUGCACAGGAUUGGGACGGCUGCACUGGCGGUCCAGGUCGUGGGCAGUAACUGGCCCAAGCCCCACUAUACUUUGCUGAUUACAGGCCUGUGCCGUUUCCAGAUUGUUCAGGUCUUAAAGGAGAAGCCAUACCCUGUUGCUGAAGUGGAGCAGUUGGACCGACUUGAGGAAUUUCCCAGCACUUGUAAAACUAGGGAGGAGCUGGGAGAGCUUCCUGAGCAGUUUUACAAAUAUGCAGUACAAUUGGUUGAAAUGUUGGACAUGUCUGUCCCCGCCGUUGCCAAAUUGAGACGUCUUUUAGAUAGCCUUCCAAGAGAAGCUUUACCAGACAUUCUGACAUCAAUCAUCCGAACGAGCAACAAAGAGAAGCUCCAGAUCUUAGAUGCCGUGAGUCUCGAGGAGCGAUUCAAGAUGACUAUACCACUACUUGUGAGACAAAUUGAAGGCCUGAAAUUGCUUCACAACACCAGAAAACACAAGCAAGAUGACAAUAAGCGGGUUAUAGCAAUACGCCCUGUUAGGAGGAUUAUGCACAUCCCAGGUACUUUGGAAGAUGAGGAUGAGAAUGAAGAUAACGAUGACAUUGUCAUGCUAGAAAAAAAAAUACAAACAUCUAGUAUGCCAGAGCAGGCCCACAAGGUCUGUGUCAAAGAAAUAAAAAGCAGACUCAAAAAAAUGCCUCAGUCAAUGCCAGAAUAUGCGCUGACUAGAAAUUAUUUGGAACUUAUGGUGGAACUUCCUUGGAACAAAAGUACAACUGAUCGUCUGGAUAUUCGGGCAGCCCGGAUUCUUCUGGACAAUGACCAUUAUGCCAUGGAAAAAUUGAAGAAAAGAGUGCUGGAGUAUUUGGCUGUCAGACAGCUGAAAAACAACCUGAAGGGCCCAAUUCUGUGCUUUGUUGGUCCUCCUGGGGUUGGUAAAACAAGUGUGGGGAGGUCAGUGGCUAAAACCCUGGGCCGAGAGUUCCACCGGAUCGCCCUCGGAGGGGUGUGUGACCAGUCUGAUGUCCGAGGACACAGGCGCACCUAUGUUGGCAGCAUGCCUGGCCGUAUAAUCAACGGCUUGAAGACUGUUGGCGUUAACAAUCCAGUGUUCCUGUUAGAUGAGGUCGACAAACUGGGGAAAAGCUUACAGGGCGAUCCUGCCGCAGCUCUUCUUGAGGUGUUGGAUCCCGAACAAAACCAUAACUUCACGGAUCAUUAUCUAAAUGUGGCCUUUGACCUUUCCCAAGUUCUUUUUAUAGCUACUGCGAACACCACGGCCACGAUUCCACCUGCCUUGCUAGAUAGAAUGGAGAUCAUACAGGUUCCAGGGUACACACAAGAGGAGAAGAUUGAGAUCGCCCACAGGCACUUGAUCCCAAAGCAGCUGGAGCAACAUGGGCUGACUCCUCAGCAGAUUCAGAUCCCUCAGGUUACCACUCUCGACAUCAUCACCAGGUAUACCCGAGAGGCCGGGGUUCGUUCUCUGGAUAGGAGGCUUGGAGCCAUUUGCCGAGCUGUUGCUGUGAAGGUGGCAGAGGGACAACAUAAGGAAGCCAAAUUGGACCAUUUGGUCAUGACAGAGGGAGAAGGUUGCAGAGAACACAUCUUAGAAGAUGCAAAGCCUAAAUCUUUUGAUGACACUACUGACUUUGCCCUACCACCUGAAAUGCCAAUUUUGAUUGAUUUUCACGCACUGAAAGAUAUCCUUGGGCCCCCGAUGUAUGAAAUGGAGGUAUCUGAGCGUUUGAGUCAACCAGGCGUGGCCAUAGGUUUGGCUUGGACUCCCUUAGGUGGGGAAAUCAUGUUUGUGGAGGCAAGCCGAAUGGAUGGCGAAGGUCAGUUAACUCUGACUGGCCAACUCGGGGAUGUCAUGAAAGAGUCUGCCCAUCUCGCCAUUAGCUGGCUCCGCAGCAAUGCAAAGAAAUACCAUCUGACUAACGCUUCUGGAAGUUUUGAUCUUCUUGACAACACAGACAUCCAUCUGCACUUCCCAGCUGGAGCUGUCACAAAAGAUGGACCAUCUGCUGGAGUUACCAUAGUAACCUGUCUUGCCUCACUUUUUAGUGGGCGGCUGGUACGUUCAGAUGUAGCCAUGACUGGAGAAAUUACACUCAGAGGCCUUGUUCUUCCAGUGGGUGGAAUUAAAGACAAAGUGCUGGCAGCGCACAGAGCAGGACUCAAGCAGGUCAUUGUCCCUCAGAGGAACGAGAAAGACCUCGAAGAAAUCCCAGGCAACGUGCGACAGGAUUUAAGUUUUGUCAUGGCCAGCUGCCUGGAUGAAGUUCUCAAUGCAGCUUUUGAUGGCGGCUUUGCUGUCAAGACCAGACCUGGACUCUUAAAUAGCAAAUUGUAGGCCCAGAUUUCAACUUGCAGAAAUUUUCAGUUGUGAUGUGUCAGAAGGCACUGACAGAGUUGAUUUCUCUUCACACCAGUAGGGGUAAGCAGACAUCUCUGAUUUAUGACAUAAUCACAAUAGUAAUGAGCCUCACUCAGGUGGUAGCUAGUGAUUAUUACAGAUGUUAGAUGCUGAUUUAAUAAAGUGGAAAAAUGGAGUUCUUUUGUGACUUUAAUGGGAUCAUUGCUGUCCAUGAAAAGGUACAGAGCAGUGGUUGUCAGUGUUCCCCAGAACAGAAACAUCUGUAUCACCUGAGACUUUACCCAGGUGCCUCUAAGCCAAUUCCGACUCAUGGUUGCAUGUGUGUCAGAGUACAGCUGUGCUCCACAGGAUUUUCAGUGGCUGAUUUUUCCAAAGGAGAUUGCCAGGGCUCUCUUUCAAGGUGCCUGUGGCUAGACUCAAACCAGCAACCUUUCCGUAAGCAGCCAAGGGCAUUAACUGCUUGGACCAUCCAGGGCCUAUGUGCCAUCAAGUCGAUUCCACCUCAUAGUGACCCUAUAGGACAGAUGGUGGGUUCAAACUGCUAACCUUUUGGUUGGCAGCCGAGCACUUAACCAUUGUGCCUCCAGGGCUCCUUGAGAACUUGCUAAAAAAAAAAAAAAAAAAUCAAACCUUUUGCCGUCGAGUUGAUUCCAACUCAUAGCGAACCUGUAGGGCUGAGUAGUUUCCAAGGAGUGGCUGGUGGAUUUAGAACUUCUAGGCCUUUUGAACUUCUAGCAGCCAUAGCUCUUAACCACUGUGCCACAAGGGCUCCUGAGAACUCGUUAGAGAUGUACGUUCUAAGGCCCCAUCACAGGCCUACAAAAUCAAAUUCUGGAGGUGCGGCCCAAAAAUCUGUAUUCUAAUAAGUCCUCUAGGUGACUCUUACGCACAGUAAAAGUCAAGAACCAUUCGUAGAGAACAUUACUUAAACAGAGUCACCCGUAGACUUUAUUGGCCCCUGAAAGCAAUCACUUAGAAAGGGACCUGGGCGGGGAUGAAAAUAUACUCAGCUAUUAAUCUUUACGGAAAAUGAAGUGUUCGGAUGAAGCAAACCCUCUGAUUGGCGAGGUCUGCAGUCCCCAGUCUAGGUUCAGCUGGAGAAGUAACACUCACAGCAGGAUAAUUUAUACCGGCCCAAGUGGCAUGUGUUACACACGUCACAGAAGCAUGCUGGUUCUCACGGCUAUAACCCUAGAAGAGUCCAAGCCCCAGAGGGAGGCUGCCAUCCAUCCUGGGAAUCCUGGCUCCUACGGCCUCCCUUCUGCUGCUGGUUUGCCGAUGCCACUUCCCAGGGAGACAGCCGUGCUUUGUCCUCCUGGUUCACUAUGCAGUCAGGCUCUUUUGCUUACUAGCUCUGUGAAGCUUUCGUGUUUUAGUUUUUCUCAUCUGUAAAAUGCAGGUAACAGUACCUAACUCAGUGUCGUUCUGAGGAGUAAGGGAGAAUGCAGCCUAAGGUAACACCUGUUUAGCCAUGUCUGUCAUGCCAGCCAGCAGUGGACUUCAGGAUGCCCCAGUAUGCAGUGUUAAUUGUGUAUACAUAAUGGAUACGUGGGUGAUAGUAACUUCCGAUUGCCUGAAUGAGAAGGGGGUCCACAAGCUGCCCAAGCUACUGUGCCCAGAUGUGCUGGUGAACUCUGCGUAUUCUGGGAGGACAGGCAGACCUGGGAUGAUCACGGCUGGGGGAGAGACCCGGACGUUUGAACACAUCGCAGCGUCCACUAGCGUCACUACUGUCAUUGUCUGGUUUCUGUUCAGUCAUCUUAGCAGGGAGGAAGAAACAAGCCACAACCGUUUGCUCAUUUUCAGCAACCAGAGGGAGCUAACCCACACUCAGACUGCACUGCGGUUACUUACGUGCCUAGUCCCCCCCAGCAGAGUGGCAACAAAGAACAAAACCUUUUCUUAAGAAGUUGGGGUUCUCUGUAUUCAUGAGGAGUCUUGGCCACAGUAGCACCGACGCAUCUUCCGUGCCUUGUUGCGUUAAGCAUGCCUUUUCUUUUUAAAGGAUCCUCCUGAGAAAACCUGGAUGCUGCGUAAAAUGUAAACAGCAAACCUUUUUUUCUCCAGCCAGCAUUGUCGUUGAAACUGAUAUCCAAAGACUCGAUGUAUCACAAUCAGCUGGGUUUUUAUUGAAAAUACAGAUUAACUCGAGAGACUGACAGAGGACUAGGGGUGAAGCCUUGGGAUCUGUACUGAACCAGCAUUCCACAUGCUUCUCAUGCACAGGCUUUGAGAACUCUCGAGAAUUAAAAGUGAAGAAAGCUGUACAUGCCUUGGUUAUCAAGAAACUUUACACUGUCUGCUUAAGGUGUGUAAGUUUUCACUCGUCUCUGCCCUAAGAGUGGAAUCGAGUCUGUGCCAGUGGGUCAUGGUUUGGUUUCUGUGUGAACCUUUCAGCGAACCGUCAUGUAAGAGGCCGAGAGCCUUAGCCACUUUGCUUAUCUAUAAAUAGAGCUUGUUCAAGUAAUUGAUCCUAAAAUAUAUAUUUAUAAAUCUACGACUUUAGUAAGGUUUCUGAGUGUAUGAGUGGGAUUUAAAUGAUACUGACGACUAAUGGACGACAAGUACCAUGGCCUCCACCAGACUGAGUCCAGCACAACUAGAUGGUGCCCUGUUACCACCACCAACUGUUCUGACAGGGAUCACAAUAGAGGGUCCUGGACAGAGCUGGAGAAAAAUGUAGAAAAUUCUAACUCAACAAAAAAACACCAGACUUACUGGUCUGACAGAGUGGAGUAACCACAAGAGUAUGGCCUCUGGACACCCUUUUAACUCAGUACCAAAGUCACUCCUGAGGUUCACCCUUCAGCCAAAGAUUAGACAGGCCCAUAAAACAGACUAAACGGGCACAUCAGCCCAGGGGCAAGGGCGAGAAGGCAGGAGGGGACGGGAAAGCUGGACGAAUGGCAGUGGGGAACCCAAGGUUGAGGAGGGGAGUGUUGACACGUUGCAGGGUUGGCAGUGAAUGUCACAAAACAAUACGUGUAUUGUUUAAUGAGAAACUAAGUUGCUCUGUAAACUUUUCACCUAAAGCACAAUGAAAAUAAUAAAUGAUACUAAAGAUACCUGAAAUUUUUUAAAUAAGGGAAAAAGCACAAAGUAGAUGUUCCUUUUCUUUUAUUCCUUUGACAUCAUCAAGAUUUGCAUUCUGGCCACAUCAUUGCCACGAUCCUCUUCAUAAAAGCAGUGGGCUUGUAAUGGGUUUCAUUUCCAGUGCCAUCUCCAGCUGCAUGCAGGGUUCUGAGUCCCCUGUUGCUAGACGCAGUGAUCAGUCAUGUCUACCACACAGCACCACUACAAGCUUCCUGUAUGACUGAUCCUUUGGGAUGGAUGUAAACCCGUGACCCGUUGCCAUUGAGUCCGACUCAUAGUGACCCUAUAGGACAGAGUAGAACUGCCCCAUGGAGUUCACAAGGAGCGCCUGGUAGAUUCAAAUUGCUGACGUUUUGGUUAGCAGCUGUAGCUCUUAACCACUACACCACCAGAGUUUCCAUGUAAAUCAGUGUAAAUAUAAUCAGUCAUGUUGCUGGGAGUAAGGGCUGACUUGGUGUUUUAUAAACUGCUGAAAUGAGUAAACCUCACUCAUGUUAAGGGACCCGGCACUAAGCCAGAGUUACUUCUGCCAAUUCCCUUUGCAUAUCCAAAGUGUAACUGGAAGUAUUAGAUGUAAACACCAAGAAGUUCUGUUGUUGUCUUAAAGUGACAGGUACACGCACGCUCACAUUAUUUUGGCCAAAAUGAGAAGUCCUUGAGCCCCCAUCCUCAUGAAAGGUUGGUCAGCAGCUUAAAAAAGAGAUCACAAAAGUACAUUCACUACCUAAUUUGACGAUUUAUGGUCCAGUGCUAAUGACUUUUUUUUUUUUUAAACUCAUGUUUAGUGGAUCCUGUAUGAAAAAAGGCACCCAAGUGUCAAGGAAAUAGGUAAAGGAUCUGACCAGACUGACCACUGGCCACUGAAGUGUUACAACAGUUAUCAAAAAUGAUUUUUUUAAACAUUUUAAGGAAAGCUUUCUUUGCCAUAAAGAUUCAGUUAUUUGGAACACAUGAAAUGUGAUUCCUGUCACUGAGAUGAAGUGUUGUUCUUCGGUAUGUUUGUUUAGUAUUUUGGAGCUUUACUUGAAAAUCAAGUUCCCCUCCAACAUCGGCAGGACGUUUCUCACUCAAACUCUAAGCUAAAUCUUAACAUGAUUGUGCAAACCUGUUAAGGUAUGACUUUAUAGACUGUAGGGUAGAAUUAAUAGUUUAUAUUAGUAUCUGGGAACCUUUGAUGCUUUUCAGAAUUUACAAGAGUCUGAGAAAACUACAUCCAUAGUAAUAAAAGAUUUCUUUAUCAAAGGAAAUUACUAAACGACAGGGAAACUGCCAGCUUAGCCAAGCCCGGGGACAUAGGACCAGACCCAGCACUGUCCCCCUCAGCCAGGCACGGGGACAAAGGACCAGGCUCAGCACUGUCCCCCUCAGCCAGGCACAGGGACACAGCACCAGGCCCAGCACUGUCCCCCUCAGCCAUCUUCACCCCUUUGUGGUAGAUGCCAUCCGCUCCUUUUACAAGAGGACUCGGGCAGAGAAGUCAAGGUCAGAACUGGAACCCAGGCUGUUAGAAUCUGUGCCUCACACCGCCCACCACCAAGCAUUCAUAGAUGCUUCAUAGGUAUUCUUUUUUGUUGUUCUUUUUGAUGCAGUUUUUUCAAAUGGUUUCAUUGUGGUAAAUAAAUAACAAAACGCUUGCCAAUUUAACAUUUUCUACAUGUACAAUUCAGUACCAUUGGCUACGUUUAUCACGGCAUGUUCCUGUCACCACACUGUCCGUUAUUUCCAAAUUAUUUCACCACCAUUAACAGAAACUCAGUGUGCCUUAAGCUAAAGCUCCCCCUUCCUCCUCCCUCCCACCCCUGGAAACACUAAUGAACUUUUGUCUGUAUGCAUCUGCCUAGUUCAUGUACGUGGAGUCAUAUAGUAUUUAUCCUUUUGUGACUUAUUUCACUCAGCAUAUUUUCAAGGUUCAUCCAUGUUGUAGCAUGUAUCAGAACGUCAUUUCUCUUUAUGGCUGAGUACUGUUCCAUUGUAUGGAUAGGCCACAUUUUAUCCAGUUAUCUGUUUACGAACACUGAGGUUAUUUCCACCUUUUCAUUACUGUCAACAGCGCUGCGAUGAACGCCGAUGUACAAGUUGUUUGCAUUUCUGCUUUCAGUUCAUUUGGAUUCAUAGGAUUGGGAUCACUGGGCCGUGGUGUUAGCGAAGAAUAUUGAAUAUACCUUGGUCUGCCGGAAGAAUGAACAAAUCUGUCUUGUAAGAAGUACAGCCAGAAUGCUCCUUAGAAGCAAGGAGGGCGAGACUAUGUCUCUCAUGUUAUCAGGUCAUGUUAUUGGGAGGGUUCAGUCUCUGGAGAAGGACAUCAUGUUUGGUAAAGUACAGCGUCAGCGAAAAAGAGGAAAACCUCAAUGAGAUGGAUCGACAGAGUGGCUGCAGCAGUGGGCUCAAGCAUAAUAACAACUGAAAGGAUGGCGCAGGACCGGGCAGUGUUUCAUUCCGUUGUGCAUGGGGUUGCUCUGAGUCAGAACUGACUCGACAGUACCUAACAUCAUUCUAGUGGGAGUGAGGUGAUGGUGGUGGUGUUAGGUGCCAAUAUGCUUCCCCAACACCACAAUUCAAAGGUGUCAAUUCCUCUUCGGUCUUCCUUAUUCAUUCUCCAGCUUUCACAUGCAUAUGAUGCAAUUGAAAAUACCAUGGCUUGGGUCAGGCGCACCUUAGUCUUCAAGGUGACAUCUUUGCUCUUCAACACUUUAAAGAGGUCCUUUGCAGCAGAUCUACUCAAUGCAAUGCGUCUUCUGAUUUCUUGACUGCUGCUUCCAUGGCUGGUGAUUGUGGAUCCAAGUAAAAUGAAGUCCUUGACAACUUCAAUCUUUUCUCCAUUUAUCAUGAUGUUGCUCAUUGGUCCAGUUGUGAGGAUUUUUGUUUUCUUUAUGUUGAGGUGUAAUCCAUACUGAAGGCUGUGGUCUUUGAUCUUCAUUAGUAAGUGCUUCAAGCCCUCUUUACUUUCAACAAGCAAGGUUGUGUCAUCUGCAUAACGCAGGUUGUUAAUGAGUCUUCCUCCAAUCCUGAUGGCCUGUUCUUCAUAUAGUCCAGCUUCUCGGAUUAUUUGUUCAGCAUACAGAUUGAAAAGGUAUGGUGAAGGCAUACAACCCUGAUGCACACCUUUCCUGACUUUAGGACAAUCAGUAUCCCCUUGUUCUGUCUGAACAACUGCCUCUUGAUCCAUGUAAAGGUUCCUCAUGGGCACAAUUAAGUGUCCUGGAAUUCCCAUUCUUCACAAUGUUAUCCAUAAUUUGUUAUGUUCCACACAGUCGAAUGCCUUUGUAUAGUCAAUAAAACACAGGUAAACAUCCUGCUUUCAUUCUCUGCUUUCAGCCAGGAUCCAUCGGACAUCAGCAGUGAUACCCCUGGUUCCACGUCCUCUUCUGAAACCAACCUGAAUUUCUGGCAGCUCCCUGUCGAUACACUGCUGUAACUGUUUUUGAAUGAUCUUCAGCAAAAUUUUGCUUGUGUGUGAUGUUAAUGAUAUUGUUUCUAUAAUUUCCAUGUUCGGUUGGCUCACCUUUCUUGGGAAUAGGCAUAAAUAUGGAUCUCUUCCAGUCAGUUGGCCAGGAAGCUGUCUUCCAUAUUUCUUGGCAUAGAUGAGUGAGCACCUCCAGCGUUGCAUCUGUUUGUUGAAACAUUUCAACUGAUAUUCCAUCAAUUCCUGGAGCCUUGUUUUUCGCCAAUGCCUUCAGAGCAGCUUAGACUUCUUCCUUCAAUACCAUCGGUUCCUGAUCAUAUGCCACCUCUUGAAAUGGUUGAACAUCGACUAAUUCUUUUUGAUAUAAAGACUGUGUAUUCCUUCCAUCUUCUUUUGAUGCUUCCUGUGUCAUUUAAUAUUUUCCUCAUAGAAUCCUUCACUAUUGCAACUCGAUGCUUGAAUUUUUCCUUCAGUUCUUUCAGCUUGAGAAACGCUGAGCAUGUUCGUCCCUUUUGGUUUUCCAUCUCCAGCUCUUUUCACAUGUUAUUAUAAUACUUUGUUUUCUCAAGCCGCCCUUUGAAAUCUUCAGUUCUUUUACUUCAUCAAUUAUUCCUUUUGCUUUAGCUGCUCGACGUUCGAGACCAAGUUUCAGAGUCUUCUCUGACAUCCAUCUUGGUCUUGUCUUUCUUUCCUGUCUUUUCAGUGACCUCUUGCUUUCUUCAUGUGUGAUGUCCUUGAUGUCAUUCCACAGCUUGUCUGGUCUUCGGUCACUAGUGUUCAAUGCAUCAAAUCUAUUCAGGUGGUCUCUAAAUUCAGGUGAGGUGGUCUUGUAUUUUUUAUUUGCGUCAGAACUGACUCGAUGGCAGCGGGUUUGGUUUGGUUUAAUAACUAACGACGAUGGUGCAAACGUGUGCUAACUAGAAGGUUGGAACCUGAGUCCACCUAGAGGCUCCUCCAAGGAAAACCGAACCAAUCAGCCACUAAAACCCUGUGGCGCACCGUCCUACUCUGACACACACGGGGUUGCCGUGAGUCACAGUCGCCUCAAUUGCAACUGGCUUUGUUGGUUGCUCUUGUUGUUAGUUGCCAUUGAGUAGAUUCUGACUUCUGGUGAUCCCGCGUGCCGCUUAUAUAUAUCCUCUCUGGUGAAUGUCAGUUCAACUCCUUUGCCCAUUUUUUAAUUGGAUUGUCUUUUUGUUAAGCUGUAGGAGUUCUUUAUAAAUUCUGGAUAUUAAAUGCUUAUCAGAUACGUGGUUUCCAAAAGCUCUCCUAAUCUGUAGAACGUGUCUUGAUGAUAAUUUUUAGAUAAAUGUGAGUUUCGUUUGGUAGUUUAGGAUCAUAAGCAAUAAGCCACCACAUAACCUUUAUGUUUGGAAUUAUACACAUGGGCAGGUAGGGAGGAGAAUGACUAAGGCUCAGGCAGCGGAAGGUACACAGGCUUCCCCAGCACUUCGUCUGCACCUUUUCUGUAUAACCUGUUUAAGUUACUUCAGUACUAAUGGGUGAGUCACAGACUCUGUCCUGCACUGUGUUUUGAUCUUACUCUGGUCUAGAUCAUGCAGCAGUCACACACUGGCCCCAAGUAUGUUGUCAUAGCUUGAAUUGUGUCCCCCAGGAAUGUGUCAACUUGGCUGGGCCAUGAUUCCCAGUAUUGUGUGGCUGUCCUCCAUUUUGUGAUGGAUACAGUUUUCCUAUGUGUUGUAAAUUCUCAUCUCUGCCUGUGAUUAAUGAGGCAAAAUUAGACUAUAUUAAAGAGGAUUAGGGCGGGAUGAUCCAACUUAAAGGGAGUUUCCCUGGGGUGUGGCCUGCACCACCUUUUCUCUCUCAGAAGAUGAAAGGGAAUGGAGCAGAGAGAGGGGGACCUCACACCACCAAGAAAGCACCAGGAGCAGAAUGCGGACUUUGGACUCGGGGUCCCUGCACGUGAGAAGCUCCUUGACCAGAGGAAGAUUGAUGAUAAGGACGUUCCUCCAGAGCCUACAGACAGAAAGCCGUCCUCCCCUGGAGCUGAUGCCCUGAAUUCAGACUUGUAGCCUACUAGACUCUGAGGAAAUAAAUUUCUCUUUGUUAAAGCCAUCCACUUGUGGUAUUUGUUAUAGCAGCAUAGAUAACUAAGACGUGUAUAGUUUGAUCCAGUGUUUGUUUUGUUUUUAAUUUGGAUUACUUACCCAACUCUCCCAAUUAGGAAUCUAAAAAGCUUCCGAGCUCUGGUUGGGGGAGGAGGGGCCUCCCACACUAUUAUUUUUGGUGAGCCAAGCUAUCAGCAGUCAUGCACGUAAGUUUAAAGUUUACAGAAAUGUGGGCCUUAAAAAAGUCACACGUCCAUCAACAGAUAAUGGAUGAACAAAAUGUGGUAUAUACACACAAGGGAUUAUCACUCGGCCACAAAGAGAAGUGAAGUUUAGGUACAUGUUCUCUACCACAUGGACAGGAAAGGACAGUAUUGUAUGAUCCCACUUAUACAAAACAUCUAGAAGAGAUAAAUGUAUACAGGCCAAGGCUUCUUAGCAGUUACCAGGGGCUGGGGCAGGGAGUGGGAGUUACUGCCUAGGGAGAGCUGUGUUUCUUUUCGGUGAUUAAAAACUAAAUGGACAGUGGUGGUGGCCAGGCGACACAGUGAGUGUAACGUCACUGAAUUGUACACUUUGAACGGUUACAAUGGCAAAUGUUAUACUUUAUCACAAUAAUUUUAAGUCACACAUAAUAAAAAUUAUUCAGGUUAAAGGAAAAAUUGUUCCCCAAACUAUCAUUAACUUAUUAAACUGGCCCAUGAGUCAAUUCAGCAGGACAAAUUCAAGUUUCAAAAACAAGAGAGCAAAGAGAUCACCCACCGUUCCCCAUAGAAUUCCCUGGGGAAAAAAAAAAAAAGGAGACACCAAAAGAACAGGGG